AUGACACAAGAUGCUCGUAUUGAAUCUUACGAUAAUUUAUUACACAAGAAUGUCGGAUUCAAUAAUCCCGGAAACGUUGGAUAUUUGGGUUCAUUGUUAGGCAUCGGAAAUGAAUAUUCUUCUAAUCUUCCCGGUUUACGUGAAAGAUUUCCAGAAGAAGAGUACGCGACGGAAUUACGAGCCAUGCAGGCAGCUAAGUGGGCAUUUAAAAGUGUCGCCGAAGGAAUUGAACAUUUCAAAGGUGGUCGACAUUCUGAAGCUUUUCAAUGUUUAAACAAAGCACUAAAUGUUGAUCCUCGAAACGUGGAAGGAUUAGUCGCACGUGGAGCUUUGUAUGCUAACAGUGGUAGCUUUCAAAAAGCCAUCGAAGAUUUUGAAAUGGCACUUAAAGUUAACCCGAAUCAUCAGAAUGCAAGGAAAUACAUGGGAGAAACGCUCGUUGCUUUAGGGAGAAGUUUUGAAGAAAAAAAUGAAAUGGAAGAUGCCAUGCGAGCUUAUCAGCAUUGUUUGGUUCUUUUGCCGUAUCACGAAGAGGCUCAAAAUUCAAUUGAUUUUCUGAGGUCUAAAAACCUUGUUACCAUGGUUCGAGUUCGAGUUCCAGUGAUUCCUCUUCGGACUCUAGUUCCUCCUCGGGAUCCAGUAGCGGAUCGUCUCAAUCCUCUCAUUCCCGCCGAAGGAAAAAAUCAAAGAAAAACAAGAAGGAAAGAAAAGAGAAAUCGUUGUCGCCACUUUCUAAAAGGAUGCAACUCAUGGAUUCCGCGAAACCAAUGCAAUCCGGCAUCGUUUCCAAGAAUGAUUUUAGAUAAGGACGCGGAAUACGAAAUGAGAGUCCGAGCAUUUCUCGAACAAACCAAAGGUGAAUCGGAUUACGAAGAACGAGUUCGUAAAUUUUUGGCCGAAGCGGCUCGGUUUAAAAUGGAUCGAAAGUCUGACGAAAAGUCAAAGAAAAAGAAAAAGAAAGAAAAAAGGGAGAAGAAGGAAAAGGAAAAAAAUAAGAAGCGAAAAAGGGAGGAAAAAGAAGAGAAGAAACGAAGGAAGCGUAAUAGGAAAGAUAAAAAUCACGAGGGAGAAGAGGACGAUGACGAAUUAGAUGCCGCGCGAUUGCGCGAAGCCAUAAGAAAAGAAUUGGGAAUGAAACAUGAUUUGCGUAGGAGAACAACUCACGAAGAAGAAAAUAUGUACGAAAGACAAAUGACUGCCAAUCACGAAGAAAACAUGCCUUUAAAAUUGAGCGAUUUUUAUUUUAAAUCAAAAGAAGGAACUAAAAAAUACGAUGAAAAGCACAUGGAAGAUAGGAGAAAUUCUGUUGAAAAAGGGAAAAUGUCACCCAAAUUGCAUAGACCAAAAAGUGAUGAAGAAUCUCCUCCUAAAAACAAGACUAAAUUGACUGUCGGUGGAGGUUCAAAAUAUCAGGUAAAAAAAGACAGAGAAGACAAACCCAACUGGGACGAGACGGAUGAUAAAAGGAUGGUCCUGCCCAAAGACGAUGGCAAAAAGCUCAUGGACGACCGUAAGAAAAAUUUACCAAUUCUUCCGGAAGAUAAAAUUCCGCUACCGAUUGAAAAACCGAAAUUGUCUCCCGUUCCGCCUCCGCCUUUAGAAGUACCGAUUAAAACGGCGGUUGACAAAUUUUCAUUUAGAGUCAAAGUUAUCGAUCCACCCGUGGCUAAACCAUCGAAAAGAUCGGUGAGCACGAGUUCUUCGAAUUCGGAAAGUAGGAAGAAAAAGCAAAGGCGAGCGGGUUCCUCGGUGUCUUCGGGAAGCAGGAAAUUGAGUAUAUCUUCUAGUAGAGGACGACGGUCGAGAUCGCGGUCUUUUAACAAAUACGGUUCCAACUCGAGAUCACGUUCGUACAGGUCGUCAAGGUCGCAUUCGAGAUCUUACGAUAAAUAUUCCAGGAGCCGUUCCAGAUCGUUGCGAAGAUCGUCCAGAAGUCCCAGACGACACAUACAGCGAUUUAAUCGUCACCAACGCGGUACAUAUUACAAGCCGAGAUUUCAAAAUAAUUCCCACCAGUACAGGAAUCAGCGGGGGCGAGACAAUUACAAUAAUCGCGGUCGCGGGUACUACAAUAACAGGUACGACAACCGAUACGAUAACCGGUACGACAGAGGGCGAAAUCGUUACGCCCAACGUUCCGAAGGUCGAGGACGCGGUCGUUACUUUCACAACAAUCGGCCUCAACAUUACAACGACAACAGGAGGCGGUACUACGACGACGAGAGGAGAAGAUCUCGGGACAGGAGUCGGAGCGGGAGUUUCGACGACAGAAACGAUCCCAUGAGAAAAGUCGGAGCGGCCAAGGAUAAAAUCGACAAGUAUAUUGAAAUGGAGGAAAAAUUAGAGCCGAGAAAGAGGGAUGAGCCCUUAUCGGAGGGCGAAGCCACGGAUUCGCCUCCGAGAAAACCCGAGGGUCCCGUUUUACCAUCCGAAAACAUGAAAGACGAAAAAUCAGGGUCGAGGAGCAAGUCGAGUAAAAAGGAAGAAAUAAAAGAAAAAAAUAAGGAAUGA